AGUUCACCACUCUCUACGCCUCUAAAUAAACAGCUCGGAGGGUGGGUUGGCUAGGGUUCUUCGAUCGUGUAUCAAUCUUUGUAGCUUUAUGCAGUGCUGAUUUUGAGGCCUUCAAAUUGCGACAAAGCUAUCUUGCAAUGGCGUUCGAGAGUAAAAAACUCAUAAACAACCCUAAUGAUGUGGUGACUGAGUUCAUUGAAGGACUUGUAGAAACUUAUCCUGGGUUGCAGUAUUUGGAUGGGUUUCCAGAGGUAAAGGUUGUUUUGCGUGCUGAUGUUGUGGGUCCAAAGUAUGACAAAGUUGCAGUUAUAUCAGGAGGUGGGAGUGGGCAUGAGCCUGCUCAUGCUGGAUUUGUGGGGGAUGGGAUGCUGACAGCCGCAAUCUGUGGCGAUAUUUUUGCCUCGCCACCUGUUGCUUCAAUUCUUGCUGGCAUACGAGCUGUGACUGGGCCAAUGGGAUGCCUCCUAAUUGUCAAGAACUACACCGGCGACCGAUUAAAUUUUGGAUUGGCAGCUGAGGAAGCAAAAUCAGAAGGUUACAAAGUAGAGAUGGUAAUUGUUGGAGACGAUUGCGCUUUGCCACCCCCACGAGGCAUAGCUGGGCGCAGAGGUUUGGCUGGAACCAUUCUCGUUCAUAAGAUUGCAGGAGCAGCAGCUGCUUCCGGUCUUUCUCUUUCUGAUGUUGCUGCUGAAGCAAGACAUGCAUGUGGAAUUGUGGGAACAAUGGGUGUUGCGCUGUCAGUUUGCACGCUUCCUGGUCAGCCAAAAUCAGACCGUUUAGGUCCAGGAAAAAUGGAGCUUGGUCUUGGAAUUCAUGGAGAACCUGGUGCUAUCGUAGCGGACAUCCAACCCGUGGAUUUGGUGGUAUCUCAUGUGCUGAAUCGUAUACUCUCACCCGAAACUGACUAUGUUCCAAUUAAACGUGGGAGUCGUGUGGUACUCAUGAUUAAUGGAUUAGGGGCAACGCCUGUGAUGGAAUUGAUGAUUGCUGCUGGAAAAGCUGUCCCUAUUUUGCAGCUCGAACAUGGACUAGCCGUUGUUAGAGUAUAUACGGGGUCAUUCAUGACUUCUCUUGAUAUGGCAGGGUUUUCAAUAUCCAUAAUGAAGGCGGAGCAAGCAAUUUUGCAACGCCUGGAUGCUGCAACUAAGGCUCCACAUUGGCCUGUUGGUGUUGAUGGUGAUCACCCACCUGCCAAGAUUCCUGUUCCAGUUCCACCUUCUCUUUCAACAAAGAGUGACGAGGUUGUAUUGAGUCGACCACAGCAGCUAAAUCAGCAAGGUCGUGCGCUGGAGGUGGCUAUAGAAGCAGCGACAAUGGCAAUUAUUAAUCUAAAGGAUAAUUUAAAUGACUGGGACGGCAAAGUGGGUGAUGGGGACUGUGGAUCAACAAUGUCUAGAGGUGCAACAGCUAUUCAAGAAGACCUGAAGAAGUACUAUCCUCUCAAUGAUGCUGCAGAAACAAUUAAUGAGAUCGGAUCAUCUAUCCGAAGAGUCAUGGGAGGAACAAGUGGAAUCAUAUAUGACAUAUUUUGCAAGGCAGCAUAUGCUAGGUUGAAACCAAACAACCAAUCAGAUAUUACACCACUGCAAUGGGCUGAUGCAUUUGAAGCGGCUAUUGGUGCAGUCAUGCUAUAUGGAGGGGCUGCUGCAGGUUAUCGCACAAUGUUAGAUGCUCUUAUUCCAGCUUCAACAGUUCUUAGAGAGAGGUUAACUAUUGGAGAUGAUCCUUUGGAUGCUUUUCUUAUCUCAUCUGACGCUGCAAUUGCUGGAGCGGAGUCUACUAAACAAAUGGAAGCUCAGGCUGGGCGUUCAACAUAUGUGUCGGCAGAUAUCCUUACAUCGGUUCCCGAUCCAGGCGCCAUGGCUGCUGCUUCAUGGUACCAUGCAGCCGCCGUUGCUUUAAAAGACAAGUUCAAUGCAGGCUCGUAAGCACCAUUUGUGGCCAGCUACAAUUUUGUUGACAGUUUCUGCAUAGCAACCAAAUCAACAGAGAUUUCCGCUUAUGCACACACAUCGCAUAAAGCCGAGAGAGCCAUUCAAACAUACAUACAAUUUAUGUCAAAACUCCAAAUGAUCAUUUGGUAGGGUAACACUUCUUUGAAGUGAAUUAAUUAAGUGGUGUAUCUUAAACUUGAUGUUUUAUGUCUGAAAUUGCAUUAAAAUUAAUGCAACUUCAUUUAAACUUCUAACUUCGUCCUUCGACCUGCCCAUUUUUAAGAGAUAAAAUCGGCCGUUACUUGUUGAGACUUCGAAACAAAACACGGCAAUUGAUUUGGUAUAGAGGUUGUAGCUUGGUUGAUUAGAGGUGCUCGUGUGUCUCAAAAUAAACAUUUCUAUUUUUAGUUUGUUGCAAAAAUAAGUAUCCACUUU